CAGAUGAACAUCUGCAUGAGAAGGAAGAGCCUACAAACAUGACGCUGCUCAGUUCUAUCCUCUCAUGCUGCAACUCAGUCCCCUCAGCUGCAAAGACGGAUGCCGAUGCCGAUGCCAGACAUGCUCGUAUUGCCAACGCUAUCGCCACCUACCAGUCUCCUCAUCGACCCAGUUACCAUCGUCCCCGGUCCUUAGUGCAUGACGAUAAUCCUCCUUUGUACACGGAUAUAGCCCAUACGGCGUUGUUAAGAGUCGACGAGAAAUGCGAUGUGCCCGAAGCACAUACCACCUUCCGGACAUUAGACGACGAUAACACUCCACCACCUCCCCUCUCGCCCAGAUCCUCAGUGGUGUCGAUCCCAUCAACCCGACUAACUGACUUGACUGCCAUGCCAACUGGGGAAACAAUCUCAUACUCGGUGCUUGGAAGAGGCAGUUUAGAGAGAUGGGCCAGCCGACCCACGAGACCGCCGUCAUAUGUGGACACCAUGCCCAGAGCACCCAGCCCUGUUGCAUCGGUCACCCGGCUGUCUGGUCACAACCCUCCGCUGAUUGGUGUGCAAGGGGAGCAAGCUGGUGUCUGGUCGCAUCCUGUGAUGCACAGUGGAUGGCUCCAAGAAUUGCAGCGGGAAGCUGCAGCUGAAGAAGUGAGAACUAUACCCAGAACGCCUCAGCGGUGAUCUAUUCAAGGCCAUAACCAUUUUUACCUUAUAUUCAACGGCAUCAAUACCCAGGAUAUCCCGGGGAGACAGGGUCAGCAGUGAUGCCAACUGCUCCGUGAGCCCUCAGGCCUUGCCGAAGCCCGCCAGUUUGGGACCUGUCAGCGACAAUAGAGUCCCUUUCACACCGCCCCCGGCGCCCCUACAAUUGCAGCGCAUACAUCAAUGCGAAUCUGAGGUGGUUCAACGACAUAAACUAUGUCUCUCGACCUUCAACAGCCUUCUCGUGCACAUACUGGUUAUGCAUGUAUAUUGGCUUGGACUACAUUUCAUCUCACUCCUUGGCCGGCAUCUAUCUGAUCUAACUGAUCAUCAACGAAUGGCAUCAACGGCGCAAGCAUUGUCGGCCUUCUCAGAUAUCCAGUACUGGCAAGAUGCUACCAUACAUCAACACGGUACCGAGCAUCCUAUGGUCAGCCCUAUUCUUACUCUGCAUUGUCGCCAAGUGACAAGUAAAGUAGUAAUUAGAUAGCGCCUGAUCGGUCCAUGAAUAGAGCACAAUGUGUUAUCUAGGUAUGGG